AUGUUAUUAUUUUGGUGUGGGAAUAUUUCGCUCAGUCUUUAUUUAUCUCAUCUCAAAGGCUAUUCUAUAAUUACGUACAACCAAACAGUCACAUCAACGCCAAACUUUGGCAACACGAAACCUGGCUUUUCUAGUCCUGACGUUCCACCUUGUACGCAAAAUUUUGUUUCGGUUGUUGUGGAUCCCACUAAUUUUGCAAGCAUCUUUAAUUUACAACCAUUUUUUGCUUGGGAUGCACAAUCAUGCAUUACCACAUGUGUAAAUACAUGUACAAAAACCGCUCCUGCAAUAUCAACAGAACAGGCUGCUUGGUGUCUUGUUGUAAGCAAUCCCAAUAACGGUGCAGUUUUUCUCAGAAUUUCUUAUACCUUCACUGAUCCAACGAGCGCUGUUACUGUUACUGUUAACAGUACUCCUACCAUUAUUACAAUCAAUGGGGGAGUCAGCCCUACUACUACUUCUAAUACCAAUGAAUCGAGUAGUUUAACCCAUACUUAUACCGCUACAAUAAAAAUUUCUUCUG